AUGUUCUGCACCGCCCGAGUCAUCAUCGGCUUCGGUACCACCGCCUCCGUAAUAUCCGGUUCCGCAUACCUCGCCGAGACGCUCCCAUGGGACCAGCGCGCGUGGGGCCUCGCCCUCUUCGACGACUGCUUCUACAUCGGCGCCUUGACCGCCGCGGGCGUGACGUACGGAUCCUUCAAGAUCAGCAGCAGCUGGGCGUGGAGGCUGCCGAGUCUGGUGCAAGGGGCGUGGGGGCUGCUCUGCAUAUCGUUGCUGCCGUGGCUGCCGGAGAGCCCGCGCUGGCUGGUCGAUCAGGGACGCGCUUACGAUGCGAUAAUGGUUCUUGCGCAGGUGAAUGCUGGAGGAGACACGGCGGAUGAGCUGGUUCGGCUGCAGUUUCGACAGAUUUGCGAGACGAUUGGGUACGAGCGGGAUCCGAUGACCUGCAAGGAGGCGGUCCGCAACCGUGGGGCGAGGAAGAGACUAAUUAUUACAGCAUCGUGCGCGCUGAUAUCCAUGCUGACGGGCAACAUCGUUUUCAUGUAUAAUGUCGGCAAGAUGUUGAGCCACGCAGGCGUCAGUGACGAAGGGACCCAGCUGCUUGUGAAUGUUGGGCUAAACGGCGCAUCUCUGGUUGUAUCAAUUUGCGGAAGCUACUACACAGACAAGAAGGGGGCAAAGUCUGCCGCGCUCAUCAGCACAGCGGGAGUAACCGUUGCCCUCAUCUUGCUAGGCGUCCUGACCAAGUUCUACGGCGACACCACUUAUACCCCCGGGAUCUGGGCGACGGUUUUUGCGGUAUUUUUGUUCUCGAUAUCGUAUGCCUUCGGAUGGAUCCCCAUUCUCUUUCUGAUGCCGGCUCAAAUGCUGUAUUUCCGUAUCAGGGCCAAGGGCAUGAGCAUGUUCAGCUUCAUCAUCUGCGCUGUUGGCAUUGCCGGUAACUUCGCCUAUCCUAUUGCCAUCGACGCCGUAGGUUACUGGGUUUAUAUCAUGAACGGUGGAUGGAACGUGCUCUUUUUCGCCUUCAUCUGGUGGUACUGGGUAGAGGUCCUGGGAAAGACCCUUGAAGAGAUUGAUGCGCUGUUUGACGGAAGAAAGCACACUGAUACGCCAAACGUGGAGGCUGUUGUGGCUGGCCGAGAAGAUGAGAGGUGGAAGACGAGUCUGAAUAAUCCUUAG